AUGUGGUCAGGUUCGGUUGGUAGUCGUGUCACUUGUGUCAGCACGUGUCACUCCUUGCCUGCGUGCAAAUCGGCCAACUUCUAUCAACCCAGCGGAGUAUGUGAUCUGAAUAAUGCCACACGGACCGAUGUUCCCAAUAACUUCGUUGCAGACUACGCGAGCGUGUACUUUGAAGGUAUUAAUGGAGACACAUCUGAGUUGUCUGUUGCAGCUAACAGCGAUUGCCAGAGUUUUCUGAAGGCAGGUUACGUGAGCGGUAUCUAUACGAUAUUCCCCGACGGGUUCGCUGAUGGUCUGAGGGUGUACUGCGACAUGGAGACCGACGGUGGAGGCUGGCUUGUCAUUCAGAGGCGUCAGGAUGGCAGUGUCGACUUCUACCGCGGCUGGGCUGACUACCGCGUGGGCUUUGGGGACUUGGCUGGUGAGUUUUGGCUCGGCAACGACAACUUGCGCACCUUGAGUAAUACUCUGGGAUCUUGGGAUCUUCGAAUCGAUGUUGAAGACUGGGUCGGCAACACAGCGUGGGCCGAGUACGCAGACUUUCAAAUUACAGGACAAGAUUACCGUCUGAGAUACCAUUCAUACAAUGAGAAAAGCACAGCGGGUGACUCUCUGUUCAAACAUAACGGUCAGCUAUUUUCAACAAAGGAUAAGGACAAUGACAACCUGGAUUGGUUCAAUUGCGCAGAGGAUGAGAAAGGUGGUUGGUGGUACAAUAUUUGUUCCUAUGCAAACUUGAACGGUUUCUACUUCAAUUCAUCCUUGGAAGAACGAAACGACUACCGAGCAAUUACGUGGAGUUCCUGGAGGGGUGAAAUUUACUCCUUAAAAAGGUGCAGUAUGAAGAUUCGAUUGACAAUGUAGGACUAUUAUCGCCAAUGUGAAAUAGACUAUUGCGACAU